UCAUAGAGGCUGUGUAAAACACGGACGAGAAACGAAGUCUCGCUGCGUGACGUGAGAGAGACUUAUGCAGAUGUAUGUAUGAAGAAACAUAAACAAAUUGUCUCGUGUACUACACGAUGUCUUGUCUUCUCCGUCCUUUUGCCACAAUAGGAGAUAUUGAAGAAGUUAAAAGAUUUCUUUAUAAAAAGGACUAUCCUGUGGGGAGAGAAUGGUUGCAAGAAUGCUCCUUGAGUGUGUCUUCAAUGGGAGAUCAUCUUGUCAUUGCUCACAAAAGAUAUAUGGUUAUUUUAAAAUCAAAAUGGGAUUCUCAUGAAGAAGUUAAAAUGAAAUAUCAACCGUCAGUAUAUUUACAAGUGGGUGAUGAUAAUGAUGAUGUGGUUACAGCAGUACUGUGUCUCCCCCUUUUUGCUCAUGGAAAGAGUUUCCACUGUGGACCGGACUGGACAUGUAUAGCUGUGGGAUUUUCAUCUGGAUAUGUUCGUUUCUACACUGAAAUGGGGAAUCUACUGGCUCAAGAAAUUCUUCACACUGAUCCUGUUAUACAUUUAAAAUGUCAAAGUUAUGAAAUGACUCGCUCCUCUACUGCACAAGAACAAACAGAAGAAGUGUAUGUGAUAUAUAAAUCUGUACUAUGCGUUUUGGGAGGAUUUGGACUGUUUCAAACAUUAAGAGCAUGCCGUAGUCAAGUUGCUCGAGCAAAAGCAAAUUGUGGAGAUGUAGUACCAGCUCCACCUCUCAUUUACAAAAAGUGGGGUUUUCAAGACCAAGCUGUUAUUACCGAUUGUGAAAUGGCUGGCCUUGCUACAUCAAAUACCUUCAACCAUCUUAUGACAACAUCUCUUUGUCAGGACUUUGGUGCAUAUUACCGAUCAGGUGCACCACAAAUGUCCCUUGUUGUUGCCGUUGGACGUAAACCAUUUGUUGGCUUUCACUAUGCAAUGGAAGGUGGUGCACCUCCACCAUUUAAAGAUAUGGCAAUGGCUGUUGCCAGCAAAUUGAAAUCUGCCAUAGGUCAAGCUGUCCCUGGGUGGUUUAGUAGUGCAAAGAAGACAAAUGGAAGUGACAAAAAUAAAGACAAAGUUGUAACAGAACCCGUGGAACCAAUGUUAUGCAGGUUUGGUUUGUGUGAUGCUCUACGAUUUGGUGAUCGUGUUGUAAUGUCACCAAAUAAGACACUGUCUGCUGUAUCAGAUGGUUUGGGAAGAGUUCUGUUAAUAGAUAAUCAAAAAGGAAUAGCAUUGCGUAUGUGGAAAGGUUAUCGUAAUGCUCAAUGUGGGUGGCUGGAAGUUCAUGAAGAUGCUCAUAAAAGAGAACAAGCACGCACAGCACUGUUUCUUGUCAUAUAUUCUCCUAAUAUGAACUGCAUUGACAUUUGGGCUCUGCAGCAUGGAUCAAGGGUUGCCAGCUUUAGUGCUGAUGAUACCAAAUAUGGAAGGCUUUUGUACGUAGGUUAUGGAUUUCUGGGACUUAAUAAUGUCCUUUUGAAAGAUGGCAACAGGAGUCAAUUGCCAGUUGUUUUCAUAGAUCCUUGUGGCAGCCUUAAAGAAAUUGUUGUUCCUUUUCAUUUUGCCCUAAGUGCAAAAGACAGCAAAAGGACAAGAGAUAUACAUCUUUUAAAGGAAAUGAAACGAUUUAUUAAAUCUGGUGACCAUGAAGAGGAAGAAAUUGUUCAAGAAGUUCAGCGAACUGUUUCAGAGCUCCAGACUGUAGAAGUUCAGAUUCAGACCAUUGAAACUCUUGCUUCUAGUCGUUACACUUUGCCAAAAGCCCUACUUACAGCUGUCGAAGUUUGUAAACACAAAUUAACGGAGAAAAAUAGAGAUAUUCAGUCAAUAGAUGCCUCAAGUAAAACUCUUCUCCACAUGUGUGAACGAUUGGAAAAAUUGUUACGAUUUUACAAUUUUGUUCAAGAAGAACAUCAAAAACCACCUAAGUACAGUACUGUUGUUCCUGACCACAAGUCUGCCCAGAAUUUGUCCAACUUAUUACAUGCACCUGAACGAGAAGUCAAUAACUUACUUAAUUUAAUGAAUACUAUUGAAACAGUUAGUGGAAAAUCUCAAUCAGAAGCUAGAGUUGCAUUUAAACAUGAUAGUCGUUCAGCAUUUGUUGAAUUUGUAUCGUGUUUUGAAAUAGGGAAUCAUAUAUCAAAUGAAUCUCAAAUGAUUGACUUGAAGAAAAAUGUUUCAGAGGACAAAAUUCAAAGCAUUAGUGAACUGAUGUAUCAAGGCACAUUAUAUAGUGAUACUUCACUGGAUGAUUGGAAGGAAUAUGCACAUGAAAGUGGAAUUCAACCUCUUGAAUUGAUGCGAUUAGCUUUACACUUCUGGUUACAUAAACAAGGGGGUUCAUCCAUUGAAGCUGAAAUGUUGAGAUUCACUGCUUUGUUGAAGGUGAUUUGUUCCUUAGCUGAUGUAGAUAUUAUUUGCGCGGAAUAUAACGAAUUGUCUUCAUGGUGGCGAGAAGUUCGGCGUGUACUUAUGGAUUCUGCCAAUCCCUUUAUGGCUCUGACAGGUGCAAUAAUAUGUAGGGCAGUUGCAUUAUCUCUGGAAAAGGAUAAAGAAAUGAAGCAUUUAGCAUCUUCAAAAAAUAAACAUUCUUCAGAAAAUGACAAUUGUAAUGACAGUGAUGGUUGUCAGGAUAUGUCAGUUACACCUGAUGAUGAAACUCAUAGUUCUGUGAGUGAAUGGGAAAAUGUCUCUCGUGACACAUGCCAGUGGACACUUCUUAUUGGACAGUUGGAAGACUUGGCUUUGCUUGACACUGUUUUAAAACAAAAGCCAUGGCCUGGAGGUGAGGAGCCCCCAGUGGUUCUAGCAACCACAGGAAGACCUCAUAUGUGCCACCUUCCUUACAAACGCCUCUCUAUCUCUCUAAGUUCAGUGUCAGAGUUAGUGGCACGUUGGUUGAGCUGUGCUGGUUUAGACCCUCGUCGUCUUAUAGAUCUUUCUGACAUUGAGUUUGAUAAUAUGGAGCAGCAAGAGGGUGAACAUGACAAUUCGCCUUCUCAUAGGCAGCGACUGGUGUCUGUUGGAAUCACUGAAGGAGAAAAAUUAGAUGUUGAAGAAGGAGCAGAAGCUGGUUUAAUGAAUGAACAUCACACACAUACUUUAGACUUGUUGGCCCUACUGAAGCAUCACUUUCCAUACAGUCUUUCCUCCAGUGUUCUUCUGGCAAACUUAUGCUGGGAGUACAUGUUUGCUUGGCAUCAAAGCCCUGACAAACUUGAGGCUUUGGAAGCAGGAAUUGCAUGUUUACAAGUGGUGCCUUCACCUCAAAUGAAGCAUGGUUUAUGUAGCUUGGUGUGGUCAACACAUUUAAAACAUCGAUUUGAAGCUGCUGCAAAUCUUUUGCAUAAGGCUGGCAAAGUUCCAAAAGAAAGAUUGUGUGUUCAGGAGAUUGGUAUAUCGGAUCUUCAACUCCCCAUGUUUCUGGAUUCAUGCCUACAAUUCCUUGACACAUUUAUGGAUGCCACAGUGGCAAGUGGUGAGGGACGCUCCCUUAGCGUGUUACGCUAUGAAGAGCUGUGGGACUGUGAGAGUGGGGGUCCAAGACCCCUGGCGGAAAUGGCUCUUGCUCAACCCCCUGUGAGUGCUCCCCUGCUGCACUUGCAUUGCCAGCUGGCUAUGGCCUUGCAUAUGAUGGCAUCCUUUAGCGUAAAGAUCACACGGCCCCUCUCAGCUCUAUUUGAUGGUGUGGCCCAGGCUGCAUUUUUUGCUGAUCUCACUUCGAAUCCCCAAUUGCCUGGUCACAACCCUGGAGCAAAGCUGAAGAGUUCUCGUUCUCAGUUUUUAUUACGUGUGGUGAGAGCUGCUGUGCAAACUGUGCGUGGGGUAGAUUGCCCGGGAGCAGGUUUGGAUGCAAGACAGGCCAAUCAGUGGAUGAGCAAGUGCCAUUUGCUGGCUGACGUGUGGGGAAUUGAUGGAGAUGUGUUACGCAGGCAACAAGUUUGUGAAUUAUAUGCCAAUGGCUUUGAUCAUUUGGCUGAAGAGGUUGUUCCAGCUGUGAGUGAUAGUACUUCUCUUGCUUCACAACUGUUGGUUAUAGUUGGACAGCGUGUCAAACACAUGUUGGAAAAUUCUGAUAAUUUCCGAGAAUGGGUUUCUCGGCUAAGUCCCUCAUUAUACCACUGGCUAAAAAGCUUGAACGAAGGUGUAUCUCCAUGUUUCCUGUGGUCAUCAGAGGAUACUACUCAGUUGUUGGCUUUGGUAUUGCAGUACCUUCCUGAAGGGAACAAUGAAUAUCAACUAGCACUUCAUAUGCUGGAUGCAAUGAGCAUAAUGAAUGAGGAGGAUGAUAAUGCCAGAUCAUGACCUUUCUGUGAAUAAUGAAGUGCCAGCUCCCCUACCUAUCAGAUUUUGGUCUCUGACCUAGAAAAAUUGAUGUUUGUUUGACAGCAAAUUUCAGUGAAAAAGACAUCAACACCAAAGGAGAGACAAAUUUUUUGUGUAUUUUCUGAAAUAUAUUAUCCAUACUAGGCUGUGUUUGGGUUUUGUUGUGAGAUUUGAAACUAAGAGAGUUGAUUUGUACAUUAAAUUCUGUACAUAACACAAAAUUAUUUUGUAAGUAGGUUUGCUGAACACAUAGUGUGAAUGUUAAGUAAUUGUUUGUUAAUAGACUGUACAAAGUGUAACGUGUGAACAGAUAACGGAUUGUAAAUUCCACAGUGCAAUACUUCUGAUUGUGCUGGACUUAUUUUGUGAUCAUUACUUGUAAAUUAUGAUUAUGCAUUUUAACUGUACAGUUGGUCUUCAACUGAGGAACAUGUAUGUUCUGGGGACCUGAUUAUAAAUUGAGAAUCAUAGAAGUAAGGAAGGAGGGAUAUAAGGGAAGAAGAGUUACCGUGUCUUAAAACAUAAUUUAUAUCUCAUUCUACAAUACAACAAAGUUUACCCAACAGUUCAUAACAACUUGAAAAGUGUAUGUUCUGUAAAGAUGAUUGUUACCCUGAUGAUCUAAUUAUUAUGAUCUCUUAUGUGUGAUUUGCAAACAGAAGGGUAUCUAUAGUGUCAAAAGUACGAAAAACAGGACAAUUGUUUAAUAAAAAGAAGCAGGUAUCUUAACUGAUUGAAAACGUAUAUAUGAGAAUAAGUAAAUUAAUCUUUCUUCAUCAGCCAGCUCACAAUAUAAAACAUUUGUUAAAUAUUCAAUGCUUUGCAGCAUUUGUAAAUUGUUCUAUAGUUGUCAGAAUGUCAUAAAAUGGCAACAAUUCACAUAGCAAGAUUUUAUUCCAUUCAGUUCAGAUAUUUUUGAGUCCGUAGAUCCUGAAUCUAGUUCUAGAAUUCAAAUCUAGAUGUCUAGUUCUAGAUCUAUAUAUUGUAUCAUGUGAUAUUUUAAUCAAUGUUGAUAGUUUGAAAAUAAAUUUUCAUGCUGGUUUUUAUUUACUUUUAUACAUAAAUUCUGUGAUGGUAAAUGUUUCUGCAUAAUGUGCGCUGUUCAUAUAAAAGGCAUGCAUAAAUAUUUGUUUUAAUGUUAAUGUUAUUUGGACAUUUGUAUUUCCAAAAUUUUUCAUUUCAAAAUACAAUACUUUGGUUUAAUCUGAAUCUGACAUUUUGCAAUAUAAUAUAUUGUAUUUGGAAAU